AUGCAUGCGAGGGUAAAUUACCAUAACAUUCUUCUUUUUUUUCUUUUUCUUCCUCCUUCUCCUGCUUCUCUUUCUUCUUCUUCUUCUUCUUCUUCUUCUUCUUCUUCUUCUUCUUCUUCUUCUUCUUCUUCAUCAUUCUCCUCCUUCUUUGUUGUGGCCUUCAAUACAGGUCAGUUUGCUUGCCUCGAGAAUACACCCGGACUAUCCGCUUCACGACCACGGUCUUGUUCACCCAGUGUCUUGUGUUCAUGUCUCGAUCAAAUACCGGCGUCUUGUCUUCAUGUCUCGACCAAAUACCGAGGUAUGUGUUCAUGUCUCGACCAAAUACCGGCGUCUUGUCUUCAUGUCUCGAUCAAAUACCGGCGUCUUGUCUUCAUGUCUCGACCAAAUAGCGGCGUCUUGUCUUUAUGUCUCGAUCAAAUACCGGCCCCUUGUGUUCAUGUCUCGAUCAAAUACCGGCAUAUUGUCGUCAUGCUAUAUAUAUAUGUAGACCAUUUCAGAAAUUGCCGUCCUUGUCUCUAUGCCCACAUUAUCUAUCUAUCUAUCUAUCUAUCUAUCUAUCUAUCUAUCUAUCUAUCUUUAUAUAUAUAUAUAUAUAUCUCCAUUCUGUUCGUAUCUAUCUUUAAUAUGCUCGUAUCUAUCUAUCUAUCUAUCUAUCUAUGUCCAUUCUGUUCGUAUCUAUCUCUAAUCUGCUUGUAUCUAUCUAUCUAUCCUUCUAUCUAUCUAUUUAUCUAUCUAUUUCCAUUCUGUUCCUAUCUAUCUAUCCUUAUUCUCUUUGUAUCUAUCUAUCUAAAUUAUAUUCCUAGUACUUUUGACAAUCAUUGCUCGUUUACAAGAAAACAUUACGUCUCUCUCUCUCUCUCUCUCUCUCUCUCUCUCUCUCUCUCUCUCUUAACCCUAACCCUCUCUCUGUUUCUUACUCUCUGUUUCUUGCUCUCUCUGUUUCUCUCUGCUUCUCACUCUCUCUAUGUUUCUCUCUCUGUGUUUCUCUCUCUCUCUGUUUCUCUAUCUCUCUCUCUGUUUCUCUAUCUCUCUCUGUUUCUCUCUCUCUUUCUCUCUCUCUCUCUCUGUUUCCCACUCUCUUUCUCUCUGUCUCUCUCUCUUUUCUCUCUCUCCGUUUCUCUCUCUCUCUCUAUGUUUCUCUCUCUCCGUUUCCUCUCUCUCUCUCUGUUUCUCUCUCUCGCACACACAUACCAGCACACACACACGCACACACGCAUAGUUCCUGAAGAUUGA